UCCCCACAAUGUGGGCCACAGGUUGAGGGCAAGACCCUGGCUACCUCCUGUCUGGUGCCUCUGGAAAAAGCCCUGCCUCUCAGUGCCUUAACUCCCAUGGGACCUGAUAUCGCCAUGCUGGCUGCGUGGCUCACCAUGCUGCUGGUACCCUCCUGCUGUGUGCUGCAAGCUCCCCCAGAUGAUAAUCUGCCCAUCAGGAACCUCAGGAUGGACCCUCAUUCCCAGAGGCUGACCUGGGAUCUCAGUGGAAAUGUGACCGGCAUUGAGUGCAUCAAAAACUCCAGGCAGAAACUGAAGGCGCGGGAGGACAGGUACUGCGAGUACCGUGUGCUGUCCUUGUGUGAUCCCACAAACUACACUGUGCGUGCAGCCAGCCCACCCUUCUCCACGUGGAUUGUGUUCCCUCAGCCAGGUGGAGACUCUGCAGCUGCUGCUCAGAAUGUGACCUGCAAGGCUGCUGGCGGGGAUGCCCUCACCUGUCACUGGGCAGUGGGCAGGGCAGCGCCCCCUGACGUGCAGUAUCAGCUCAGCUGGAUAGAUCAGGGGAGCAGCAGGUGGCAAGCGUGCGUGCACUACCGUGUGGACACCUGGGGCCGGCAAGUCGGCUGUCGCGUGGAUGGCAUCUCCCAGUACUGCCCAGAGCUCUAUGUGCAGGUGUUUGGUCAGACCCGGGCCUCCUGGAUUCCCUGCAGCUCCAAGGUCCUGACCUUUUCCAGCCUGGAGCUACUGAGGCCACCCAACAUCACCACCAGGUGCAACGAAACACACUCGCAGCUGCAGUGGGAGAUGCAGAGCCGCUUCAACUGCAGCUUCCGGUACACACUGCACAUUCAAAAGGUAAAAUCGUGUUCCAAGGCCUGCCUCUGGUCUGUGUGCCUGCACCUUGGGGUGUGGUCUGGAGAGCACGCAUCCUAUGAAAAGCCACCACCUUGCCGGCGUCAUGGCCUCAUGGCCACCAUGCUGCUCACACUUUGUGCCCUUGAACCUCCAAUGACGGACAUUUGCUCCCCCAUUCCCCGCAGCCCCUCUUUCCUCAUUGCCCUGAAGGUCCUGCAAGACACAAACUCGUUCGCGCUGCUGCAUCGCGGUGCAUUCAUGGUGAAGAUCAAGGUGGAGGAAGUCCUCUCAGAGGCCAGCAGUGACUGGAGCGAGCCACAACACUUUGCAUGUGACUCCGAAGAGAAGAAAGCUUCGAGUGGCAUCUGGCAGGCGUCUCUGCUAAUGGCGCUGGGGACACUGCUGGCCCUGCUGCUGGCCGUGCUGCUGUGCAGGCGGUUCUCGGUGAUACAAAGAGUCUUCCCCCCGAUCCCCCGCAUGAGGGACCCCACACGAGGCCACGGGCAGCACGAAGAGCUGGUGGUAUGGGACCUGGGCCCCAGCGGCCAGGAGGACUGUCCUGUGGCCCAGGUGCAGGUGCAGGAAGAAUCAUGAAGUGGCCAUCUGAGUCUCCUCGGCUAGACAUGUGCUGUGACCCCUUCUCGCCUGCCUGCUCAGAGCCACACUUGCAUGCCUUCCCUGGGGAUGCCAGCCAAUUCUCAUCUGCAGGCUCUUCACCACACUGCCCAUGCUUGGCUUGGGGAUGGGCUAUGGGGAGACCUCAGCAGAUGCAGGGAACUUGGGGUGAAGCUGCAUACUUGUGACCCCAAGAUGCAUCUGGAGCAUCUGGACCCCAAUGCCCAAGGCAGUGGGCAGGUGGGAGGCGGGGUGGUGGUAAAGCCAGCUUCUGGGAAAAGGUCUUCCCGAGGGGGAAUUGGCUCAGACUUCCUGCCUCCCUGGCCUUGACACCGCUCUGGCUCCGACCCAGUUUCCUAAUGUCCCUAGUGCCUGGACCCUGGCACCCACAAGGGAGGCCCGGCUGGAGCUCCAGCCCUGGCCAUCGUGACCAUCGGGGGCGCGAACAAGUGGGUGGAAGAUCUCUCUCUGGCUCUCCCUCUCUCUGUGUAGCCUUUUUAAAGUUUCAAAUAAAAUAAAUAACUCUUAAAAAAUCAA